UUCAAGGACGCCUAUGAAACUGUACAAUUCUCCACUCGAAACUGUCAUCCGUUCUCCGACGAGGAUCCCAUAUUCCUAUUUUUUUGUAUUCUAAUUUAAAAAUUUCAAGUAAAAUAACUCGUGAAUCUCAACAAUUUUAUCAUCUAUUUGAUAUUUUGGAAUAUAAUCAGAUUCAUCGAAAUGUCGGCCAAAAUCAAUAAAACUCUUGAUUCGCCUUUGGCGAACGUCGCAUCAGAGAUCGAGGAACGUCGAUGCGACUUGAUCGGCCGCCACAGAGACCUUCGGGACAAGAUCACUACGAUGGAACGAUCUAUUCCGGCCUUGAUGGCUUACAAUCUGUGCAUAGCCGAGGACCAUCAUCGAGAUAUGCCGUGCGAAAAAGUGCGCGAGAUCGUGAAUAAAUUAUCGCCGCAGCCGGAUCCUGCCGAUAAACUUCUCGCCGAAUUGAAGAGCACAGUCGACGACCUUCAUAAGGAAACGUCACAAUUGCAUGAUAAGAUCAUAGACGCAGAUGUGAAAUUGGAAGAAACUGGCAUGGAAUUGGAAUCCUUGGAGCUGGCUAACAAGGAGAUGGAAGAGAGACUGGUAAAAUUACGAGAUGAAGUGACCAAGUACACUACACCCAGCCUACACUCCAUUCAUUCCGAUGAUCUGAUAUGCUUGAGAAAAAUUCGUCAACUCGCCGAAGAGGAAUUGAAGUUGAAGAACUGCAUCAAGGGGCUCGAGAACAAGGAAAUGACUUAUAGACGACAGAUGAGCAAACUACUAUCCUGCAAGAAGCUUCAACGUCGAAAGACGACGGAAACAGGGAAGAAUAGUAGACUGUGGUCUCCGCUGAAAAAUCACGAGCACGAUGCGUAUGUGACAAAGAGAAAAUAUAUUCCCAAAGAUAAAGGACGAACUUGUUGCUCGUGUGCGACAUCAGGGGUGUUGACCGGUUACGAGGAAACGUUGAAAGAAUCGUUUAAAGGACACCAAAAAUUAUACCCUUCGUGCUGCAUUGCGCUAGACAAUCGUAUAAUCAAACCUCAUGGUUAUAAAGUAUGUUGCAAAUCUUGUCAACAAAUCUCAUUCAAAUCCAAAUCUCCUUACGAAUCGGCGAAUGCUUCUUGCGAAUCUCUAUACAGUAUCACCUCGAAGAUAAAUAUACGAUCGCUCAAACGAUUAACACAAUCUUCUGUAUCGUGUGAACUCGGUAAGACAUGCAACGAGUGCAAGACUCCUGCUGCAUGCAAACAAAUUAAUACUUGCAAAUGUGAAGAAAAGUGCAUACGUGAAUCAUCGACUGCACCCUGUGAUGAUUGUACUGUGCCGUCGUUGGAGAAGACUCGUCGAUCAGUGACUUUGCUAUGUUCGGAAUCGGAAGUAGACAGCGAUAGCGACGAUGUAUUUUGCGAAUGUUGCACUUGCGGUUGCGACGAUUUAUCGAUAUGAUUAAUAUCAGCAAAAAUUUAUCGAUAUAAAUAUCUCAACAGUUAAAUAUCAAUCAUUUAAUCAAACAUGUACAGUAUAUAAAGUCAUUUUAUGUUGUGAAAAUAUUUUUAUUUUAAGAUACAAUUUUACAAAUUUUGUAAU